AUGAGUACUAUGUUCGCUGAUACUAUCCUGAUCGUGUUUAUAUCGGUGUGCACAGCGCUGCUGGCUGAGGGUAUAACAUGGGUUCUGGUUUACCGAACAGACAAGUACAAGAGAUUAAAAGCAGAAGUGGAAAAGCAAAGUAAAAAAUUGGAAAAGAAGAAAGAAUCCAUAACAGAAUCAGCUGGGCGCACUCAAAAGAAAAAAAUUGAACGCCAAGAAGAGAAACUCAAGAACAAUAACAGAGAUCUCUCUAUGGUUCGAAUGAAGUCUAUGUUUGCUAUUGGCUUUUGCUUUACAGCACUUAUGGGCAUGUUCAACUCAAUAUUUGAUGGACGGGUUGUAGCAAAGCUGCCUUUUGUGCCACUGUCCUACAUUCAGGGACUCUCGCACAGAAACCUCAUUGGAGAAGAUUACUCUGACUGCUCAUUUAUCUUCUUGUACAUACUGUGCACCAUGUCCAUUCGACAGAAUAUCCAGAAGUUGUUGGGACUUGCUCCAUCUCGUGCUGCUACAAAACAAGCUGGGGGAUUUCUGGGCCCCCCACCCCAGGCAGGAAAAUUCUCCUAGGUCUCAUAGGACUGAAUUGUCCUUAGGGAUUUUCACUGCCAUCUCUCACUCAUUUAAAGACUGUAACAAGGACUCCAAUAUGAUUACAAACAUGCCAUUUAUGGAUCAGCCAGCUUCUUCGCCCUCUUAACCGUUUCACAUGCAAGGGAUUUUAAGACUCUUGGCACAACUGACAACAGUCAAGUCAUACCCAGUUGUGUGUUUUUCCAUUAUAAUUUUUGUUUUUUCUUAAAAGUUCUUUAAUUUAUAUAUUGAUUUGAAUUUUGACCGCAAGUAUUUCUCUUGAUAGAUCUCCAAUAAGAAGCUCCUACCUUAAUUACUGGGGAUAAAGUAAAAUCCACACCAAGUACUGGCAAAUGUCGAUAUCGCUUAUGUGUAGAACUGCACUCGGCUUGCUAUUUAGUAGGAUAAACAAAGCCCUCUGGAAUCAGUGAUAUAUUUUGAGUGGCGGCCGAGUGCAUUUUCCUAUUCCUGAGAGUUAUUGUAUUAGGAUGCUGUGGGCACAGGACCAGUAGCGCCAGUGCUAUUGGUAACCCAUGUCAGUGCCACACAAUGAAUCCUUUGUGGGAAUUCCCUAUUAUCUGACAAUGAAUUAUUUGGUAUUUAUGUGAAAUGCAUCAGCUCCACAUGAAAAUUAAAUGCCCGUUUUCCAA